GUUUCUCCCUGGAGCAGCGUGCAGACUCCAGAGCCAUAACAGUCACCUGCUUCGAUUCCAGAGUCGCAGCGUUGGAGCGCCGCAAGGGCAUGACCCGGGCAUGAGGUAUAGCAAUUGGUCGAGCAGACACGGGCCAGUCAGCAUCGAGGUGCUCGCGUGUGAGGCGCAAAUCGGAAGAUACCGCAGGCGCAGCGAAUCUAUCAUGGCAUCCGGAACGAAGCGCAUGUCCGACGACGAUGCGAGCAUCGCCAACACCUGCAAAAUCCAGCGCAUCGAGCACGGCGGCCAUGGAGUGCAGGACGUGCAGCAGGCUCACCACGCCCACCACGCUCACCAGGCGCACCACGCCCACCACGCCCACCCGGCCAGCGUGAGCCCGCACCAGCGGCCGAGCGCCAGCAACCACGACUUCUCGGGCAGCGUCAAGCGCAAGCUCGCCGACUCGAAGCGGACGGGGCAGGCGUGCGACCGAUGCAAGAUCCGCAAAAUCCGCUGCGACGGCCGCCCCGAGGGCUGCACCCCAUGCGAGCAGAACCGCACGCAAUGCCGCACCACCGACCGCAUCACCGGCAAGGCCACGGUGCGAGGGCAUGCCGAGGCCAUGGAGACGCAGAACAGCUGCCUGCGUGCCCACAUUGCCGACCUGCAGGCCCAGCUGAAGGACCUCGGCGUCGACCCGCGCCCGCCGCCCGCCUACGCGACCACGUCCUGGCCGCCCGCCGCGCCCCAAGCCGACGCGCAGGACUGGCCUGGCCAGCGCCGCCCAAGCGCAUCCCCCAUGCCGGGCUACGCGCCUGCGGGCGACAAGGCCAGCCUGAACUCGCUGCCCGUGUUCAAGUACGGCUCCAUUGGGGACAACUACCUGGGCGUUGCCUCGCGCGACUCGCUGCUCAGCCACAUACGAGGCACUUCGCUAUCCGUCUUCGGCACCGAGAUCGACAUCACUGACUUCGUCGACGAAAACGCCGAGUACGAGACCUCGCCCAUGUCGUACCGGACGCUGGUCGAGAUCAGCGUGGGCAGCCGGCACGUCGACCCUGUGCCGUUGCCCCCGUACGCGACACUCAAGGAAUGGGCCACGUGGUACCUGCGCUCGCUGAACCCCUACACCAUGCUGGUCCACAAGCCCGCCUUCAUGGAGCUGGUCUGGCGCUUCGGCAAGGACCCCAGCUUCGUGCCGACCGCGCCUGAGAAGGUCAUGGUCCACAUGAUGCUCGCCACCAUCAAGUACCAGAUCGCAGCGCGCAACGACCAGCAGACGCCCCUGAUGGACGAGUCACACGCACACUACAUGUACGCCUGCAGCUUCUACAAGGACCUGCUCCUUGGACACCACGAGCUCGCCGACAUCCAAGCCCUGGCCAUGAUCUGCCACCACCUCCGCAACUUCCCCAAGCCCGGCGCGGCGUGGAUCAUGACCUCUCUCACCUAUCUGUACGCGAUAGAGCUGGGUCUGCACCGAUCGGUGAAGAACUGGGACUCGGCGUCCGGCAAGAAGUUCACCGAACUGGACAUCGAGAUGCGGAAGCGCAUCUUCUGGACCAUGACCGCGCUGCAGCUGAAUCUGGCUGGCAAGCUAGGAAGACCCAUGCCGAUCAGCAACGACGACAUCGACGUCGAGUUCCCCGAGCCCAUGAACGACUGUCUGCCUGGCGAGGAGGCCAACCUGAGCCCCUUCCACCAGUGCUCGUUCCAAGUGGGCAUCCAGAUCGCCAAGUACGCCGUUUGGGAGCUGGACCUGUACAAGACGGUCUACGCCGUCCAGUACACGCCACGCUCGUACGUCGAGUCUUUGAAACGACUCGAGGCUGGCAUCCAGAACUGGAAGGAAGAGCUACCGUAUGAGCUGCGAGACCCGUCUCGCGCUUCACAAGACGACCACAUCUUCGCCCUAUACCUCGAGUACUGGUACCAAGAGUUCCAGCUGUUGCUGCAUCACCCCGCAGUAUGCAGGUCUGUCGACUCGGCGAUCCUGUCCUCGAAUCUGGAUAAGUGCAUGGAGGCGUCGCAGAAGAUGCUGUACAACUGCACCGAGAUGAUGCACAAGAAGAGUCUCGACAUUGUCUGGAUCAACACAGUGGUCUACAUUGCUGCAGUGUUCACGACUCUGUUUAUCUCGUCGAUGCGGAAAGAUCUCCUGACUCCUGUCGACAUGACAAGGCUGAAGGGCGACAUGGCUACAUGGAUCAACGUCCUUGGCGAGUGCGGUCAACUUUCAGGCACAGAGGACAAGAUGAGGAAGGCGAUAUCCAAGAUCGUGGACGGCGCGUUAGGUAACAUCAACGACAGCAUCGUCAAACGAACUGCGACCGAAUCCCUGGCACGGGUAGCUAUGCACGCGAAGCAGCAGCCAAACCCGCCACCUGCAGUCUACGACACAAGCGGCUACAACGAGCAGCAAUACACUGCAAGCACAACAGGUCCCACAGACCCCACACUCACCCAGGGCUCCGGAUAUACCAGCCUGACGGACAGUGACAGCAUGACCAUGCCCUACAGCAUCAGCGCACAGAUGCCAGUCACCCAGCAGAGCACCGCCUACGACCAACAACCUUACAUGAAAGUCGAGGAUGACACCAGCAUGAACCCCUCUCAUGCCACCGCUCUAGCAGCAGCAACAGGCACGGCCGCCCAGCCACUGCCACACGCCUACACCUACCCGCAAAGCCUGCCACAAGUGACCACCACGCACCAACCGACCUACGUCGCCAACAACUACAGCCCGCAAGACUGGCGACAGUGGACACAAACGUAUAUGCAGCAACCAGUGGGCCCGCAAGGAGAGUAUCUAAAUACGGCAACGACGCUCAUGGCGCUUGGCGGACGCGACGGCCAAAAUGAAGGUAAUGCGCAUGGAGGGCAUGCACAACACAUCGAGCAGGCGCACAUGGGACAUGUCCACUGGCCGGGUGUGGCUUUUCCGGGUACUACGAACGAGAGCCAUAACUCAUGAAGAGCACGCGUUGGAGAGGACAUGAUCACCGGAAUGCUUCGUACCGAUCGCAGGGGGCGUUACGGAUGGAGAAUGGCGAAACAAAGCCAAAUGCACACAGAGAUGAAUACUCGUACUUAAGAACUAAUAUGUAAUAAUGGGCGGGCGCCACCGCGAGAGUGCGGUGCAGCUGGCCGGCAGCCACAUGGGAAGAGGGGAAGGUAGCGAAACGCACGAGCUUCGAGAUGGAGCGACACGAGUAAUGGCAGCAGCAAUUCAGGCAGAAAGAUUCCCACAGCGACAAGCGGUGCAUUGCAAUGUGCAACAUGGCGGCAUCUUGUCCUAUGCUUGCCCGGUCCCGUCGAGCAUCUUACAUCAUCAAGCCGCUGACAGCACGAAUAGAGGACGAUACACAAGGGCACACGGCGUUGCUAGCACGCAGCGCCACGAGAAUGCAC